GUUCAGCUGUGCGCUACCACCGCUGAAUGCAAGCAGCAGCAGCAGUCGUGUCUGUGUGUUUCCGCAGAUAGCCUUGUCCAGUUCAGUUCAGUCCAGUCCUCCUGUCAGUGUCGUAAGUUUUGUUUCAAACGUGGACGUCCGUUCGUGUCGUUACAAAAACCAAUGCCGGUGGACAAAAUCUCGCACGCUUAGUAGGUUCUCGAAAUUGGCUCGAAAAAACAACAACAAUGAUUAACAUUUUGCGUGUUUUGUGAACCAUACAGUAGUGCAGUGGAUUGUUGAUUGUUAAUGGAAAAAGCACCUGUGCAAACUCAUCGAGCAAACAAGCAAAACACACUCGAAGGGAGGCCUCUUUUUCCCUAAGCCUAGAUAAUAAUUUGAAUGGAGGAGAAUGGCACACGAAAAUGAGCCACGUUGAAGGCCAAGCGGAAAAAUAUUUGAUUUAAAUUUGGAAUAUUAGAAAUCUGCCAAUCAGUGUAAUAAGGCAAAUUGUCUUCUUCUAUUUCUAUUUGUGAUAAACCUUGGACAGUGAAUUGAUAAGAUUGGAGCGAUUGUAGCUCGUUCGUUGUUAUUGAGGCAGCCGCAGCACACAGCGAGAAGCGAAACAGGCAUAUGCAACCAACCAAUUAAUGCCGAUUACUGACAGCCUGAUUGGCAAACUCCACAAUUCCUGCCUGCUUCGAUGGUACUUGACAUCCAGGUGGCGCCAGCAGUAAACGUUUCUCGCGAACAUGUCCUCGAAACCAGCGACACCGCUAGAGGUGCGACGGCCCUUCCCGGGCGAAAACGAAAGCACCAGGAUACCGAUGCUUUCGCCAACCCCCUUUCGCCGGAGCCAGUCGCUGCGGAUGCGCACUAGCCAGAGCUUCCAUGACUACCAACAUUACCGCCUGUGCGAGUGUGGUAGUGUAACUAUGCAUCAUCCGUCGAAUCUAGCCAGUCCUUCGUCGUCCAGCGUAAAAGUGAAAAAUUCAUUCCCAAAUGGGAGCAAAUCAAAUAGUCUCCAUCGUCAUCCGCCGACGGGUGCCUCAGCGGAGCCGCUUGCCACUGGAGACCCGUUGGCUGGUCGCAAGGACUCGUCGGCCGGCGGAAGUGUACAACAGCUGCCGAAUGGUGUAAUCUAUCACAGCUGCAGUGCUGGUUCGGUGCCGACGGGGCCGAAAUCUUCGUCCUUGCAGUCGACUCGCAAGAACAGUUUGACGAAAAAUGAUCGUGGAAUGUCUCUGAAUCUGAUCAACUCCGGUCACAGUGUCAGUUGUACUAACAGCGCCCAGAGAUCGCCUCGCCGGCCGCACACGCCCAGCGAAUCGGCCCCCGGGAUAGUGGGACACAACCCGGGUCUACGCAAGAGCAGCCUAAGCCCGAAGACGCCACCGGUGUCGCCGGAAUCACCCGGCACCAGCUAUCUGGACGACGAUUUGGACUCACUGCACAGCUACAGCAGCUCGAUCGCGAGCGGAAUGUCGUGCGAUCAUCCGUAUGUCGCACGCAAUGGAACCACGUUCAGUGGACGUAAGAUGAAAUACGUAGUGCACUGCUCGAGCCAUGCUGGCCAAACGGGGGAGGACUAUCUUACCCCGACCCAGCGGGCUCAGCGUCAGAUUAGGCGACUAAAGGAACUGCUCACCCAUGCCCGCAUGGACUUGGAACAGCGGGAUAGUGAAAUAUUAAGACUUACCAAAGAGGUUGUUGAAUUGAGACUAUUCAAGGCAUCCCUGAGCUCCCCGGAGGAACGGUCGAACUCUAGCGAUGCCGUGACUGUGCGAGAAAAUACUACGAACGAUGCGAAUACACCUAGCUCACAAGGUAUUUCGCCGAUUGUAGAUCAACCCGACGAUGGGGUCAAGGCCAGUCCUCGACAUCAGCUCCACAAUCAUGGCAUUCACCAGGUUCAGUUCAUCGAUAAAUUGUCUACGUCUGAAAUGCAAAGCUCGUUUGCCGAUUCCGGCCAUUUCGAGGAUAUUACAACUUCGUCAAUUCAUUCGAAAGAUUCAUAUGUGCACACGCAGGAUCGUGCUUGCGGAAGCGACGAGGACAUGAAUGCCGAGAAACAACGGCUAAUCGAAAUGUACGAGACGCGCAUCGAAGAACUGGUCAAAGAGCAUCAGGCAGAGGAACAGGAUAUUCGGAUGUCCAACAAUGACCGCAUCGAAGCACUGUUGCAAAAGUUAGCCGAAUCCAAUAGCAGAUACUGUGAUCUGGUUCCUGACUAUGAGCAGGCUAAGGAGCGCAUUCGUGAGUUGGAAAAACAGCUUGAGGAGCUCCAUGCACAGCUUCAGGCCCAUGAGGACAAAGCAAACAAGAUUUAUCUCCACAUGUACACCAAAGGGCAGGGUGGUGAGAAAGCCCAGCCGGCUGAUCGUGCCGUCGAAAUGGCACGUCAGUCCCCUAGCCGGGUGUCGGUACCAGAACUAAUGCAACAGCUCCAGGUGACCCAGGAAGAAUUGGAGAACAUACGGGAUACAAGCUAUCAGCCAGAAAGCGGAACUUCACAGGUUUUACUGAGCGCGAAAGAAGCCAUCUCGCUCUGGCUUUUGGGUGCCCGGAAGACCAUGUACAAGCGAUUGGUUGAUGCACAACAAACAAAGAAUAAGGUCGAUCCGGAAGUUACACUGCAGUUCCUUAAGAGUGCAAUCUACUACUUCCUAACGGAUAAGGAGAACUCGCAGGGACACCUCAACGCAAUCGAGAGCAUCCUCGGGUUUUCCGACACGGAGAAGUCCAACAUUGACAAGGCACGAGCGUACAAGUGAAGAAAAAUGGUGAACAUGAAAAAACAAAUGUUGUUAUAUUAGCUAAGAUUUUAAUGUUAUUAACUAUUAUAUCAAAUGCAAUUAAACAACGGGAAAAAUCACUACGUGGCUAAAUCACUUGCAAUCAUAUUGUACGAGGCGCAUUUUCAGUUGAAAAUGCGGUUAUUAUUCAUAGAUUUUUGCUACCAUUUCUGCGAUGCGCUAUUUUAUCAAGUUCCUUUUAAUAUUUAUUUACCUUAAAAACACUAGAAUCAUCAACUUAUUUAGAAAACUAUUAUAAUUACAAUGGCUUACAGUAUUUUAACUUGAAUAGAGCUUAUUCAGAUUACUUCAAACAUCUUGAUGGAAGUAUUAUUUCUCGAUGAUUUACUAUUUUCAUUAUAAUCGGAUAUGCUUUCGUUAUUAUUUAUAGAACACAUGAGGAUGAGGAAAUAAUUGAAAAAAAUACUUUUACAUCAGUAGAAUCAAUAAACCGGAUGGUGUAAUUACCGCUACACGUUCAAGCAUAUAUUUAAGUAUACCAUUUACUCGUCACAGUUCGAUAGAAACCAAAACAGAUACGUCCACAAAACAAACAAAAAAAACUAUGGCUUUCGAUACAUUAGACCUCAAAGCAAACAGUAGCUCUGCAACAUGCGGUAUUUUGUCUAGAGCAUACAACAUUCAUUAGUUAGACGCGCUGCUUUUUAUUCUGAACAAAUAAAUCUGCGAUUGCGAAUUAUUGUUAGGAAAACUUCACGUCCUGUCGUCACGCGUAAGAAGAAAAACUUUCCCAAACUCACAACCGCAGAUUGUGCACAUAAUAUCACAUAAUUCACAUUAUACUUUCAAAAGCUUGAAAUAAGGGUACGUGAUAUUUUAUAAAAGAAUAGCAAUUUAGUUGUUAUUCCCAUCAGUUCGGAUAGUGCCUAAUUUAAGCAGAGAAAGCAGUUACGAGAGUUCAGAAAUCUAGAUAUAUCGAUAUUUUUGAUGUUCACUUCAACGUUUCUCGGCAGUUUAAACUAGACAGCUUAAAUUAGUCCUAUUUGAAUAAUGCCUAAGAAUAUAGACUAUCCCAGACAAAAAGAAAAGAAAACAAACAACGUAAGAUUUGAAACGGAAAGAAUGGAAAUAUUGAACACCAAGUGAGAGACAUCCGUAACGCUAGGUAAGGUAUGUACACGCUCUAUUCAGAAGAAGUUGGUUUAUAGCAAUGGAAUUUAUUCAAUUGUUGCAUACAAAGCACACACCAAAAUAGAACAAUGAAAGA